CGCCACUCCAAGGCCAAGCGGGCGGUGGCCUCCCACCCGCGGCAGGGAAAAGCAGAUGCCUUGGCCUUUGCCUUGACAACCCCGUGUCCUUGUCGACCUCGUGUCCCGCUUGAUUUCGAUCAGCACGCACGCACCGCAGCCGCAGCAGAGAAUCGGUUCGAUUCGUUCGUUCGUUCGUCGUGCCUCCACCACUUCCCUUUUUUUCUUCCCCUCCCACACGGCCACUGCCAGACCACCACCACGUCCCCGCCGCCGUCGUCCUUCCCCAUGCGUACCCCGUAGCGUCCCGGUGCUGUUGGGCGCGAGCGUUCCCGUGACGCUGCUUCCGCGCGCCGUCGCCGCCACGUCCCCCCUGCGUGGGUUCAAAGUCAAGGCGGCAGGCGAGGUCGAAGGGAGCGGACGCGGGAGGAGUAAGGAUAGCCUGAUAGGGCACUCCUCGGGAGUAGUAGAAGCGAAGGAGAGGCGGCGUUUAAUACGGGCGGUGGACUGAGUCCGGAAAUCGGCGGUGCGGGCUGGAGGAGGAUGGCGCAAGCAGAUGAGGUGGUGGCGCCGCUGCUGCAGGCCGAGGAGGCGAACGCCGAGUGGAACUCCAGGCCGCGCCGCAUUGCCCUCUUCGUCGAGCCGUCGCCCUUCGCUUACAUCUCCGGGUACAAGAACCGGUUCCAGAACUUCAUCAAGCAUCUCCGAGAGAUGGGCGAUGAGGUGUUGGUGGUGACCACACACAAGGGAGCUCCUGAGGAGUUCCAUGGAGCAAAGGUCAUUGGCUCAUGGAGCUUUCCAUGUCCAUUAUACCAAAAUGUUCCACUCUCGCUGGCAUUGAGCCCCAGAAUAUUUUCUGAAGUAACCAAGUUCAAACCGGACAUAAUCCAUGCUACUUCACCUGGAGUUAUGAUUUUUGGUGCUCUUGCUAUGGCAAAGAUGACAUCAGUUCCAAUGGUGAUGUCUUAUCACACACAUCUUCCAGCGUACAUACCGAGGUAUAAUUUAAAUUGGUUACUUGAGCCCACAUGGAGUCUUAUAAGAUGCCUCCACCGAUCUGCAGAUCUUACUCUAGUUCCUUCAGUAGCUAUUGCUGAAGACUUUGAAACUGCUAAAGUAGUAUCAGCAAACAGAAUACGACUUUGGAACAAGGGUGUUGAUUCUGAAAGCUUUCAUCAUAAAUAUCGGAGUCAUGAAAUGCGCAUCAAAUUGAGUGGUGGCGAACCAGGAAAACCAUUGAUAAUACACGUGGGUCGUUUUGGACGUGAAAAAAAUUUGGAUUUUCUGAAAAGGGUAAUGGAGAGGCUCCCUGGAGCAAGAAUUGCUUUUGUUGGAGAUGGACCAUACAGGGCUGAGCUCGAAAAAAUGUUCACAGGCAUGCCUGCAGUUUUCACAGGAAUGCUCCAAGGUGAUGAGCUCUCACAAGCGUACGCCAGUGCUGACGUAUUUGCAAUGCCUUCAGAGUCUGAAACCCUUGGGCAAGUAGUGUUGGAGUCCAUGGCUUCUGGAGUCCCAGUUGUCGCUGCUCGUGCUGGAGGGAUACCUGAUAUUAUACCCAAGGACAAGGAGGGCAAGACUAGCUUCUUGUUUACACCCGGAGAUCUCGACGAUUGUGUGAGGAAGAUUGAACACCUCCUUUCGUCAAAAGAUCUCAGAGAAGCCAUUGGAAAGGCUGCUAGGGAAGAGAUGGAGAAGUGCGACUGGAGAGCAGCCUCGACGAAAAUACGCAAUGAGCACUACAGUACUGCAAUGUGGUACUGGCGGAAGAAGAUGGGCAGAACUAACUAGGGUUCAUCAAUCCACUGAGGAAUUCUGUUACUGCCGUCUCCAACUAGUUAGCUUAAUAACCAAAGAAUGUGUACAUUGUAUCCAACAGCUUGCGAGUUUGCGUGGCUAGCUGAUUCACGUGUCCACAGUUAUGAUGAUUGAUUGACCGACCGCUUGUAUGCAAAUCGUGUACAUUUUAGAGA